AUGUUAGAGGAAGUCAAAGUUCAUAUCAUGAGGGUUAUAGCGAGGAACAAAAAGUUUCUAAGUGGCUAUGUUGGUUCUGUUGCACCAAGACAACUUAGCAGGCUUGAGAGAGAGAAAGAAGAAAGUAAUAAAUGGACUCCCACAUGGGCAGGGGAUGACAAUAGAGAAAUUUAUGAGGUUAAGAAGCAUCCUACUAAGGUUACUGUUGACUUAGGAAAUCAGAAGUGCACCUGUCGAUUUUGGCAGCUCACAGGCUUGCCUUGCAGACACGCUUGUGCAGCAUUUGCUCUGAGGAGUCGUAGGCCAGAAGACCAGAUCCAUAACUUGCUGGGAAUGGCUGCAUAUAACUCAGCAUAUCAACAUAACAUUAACCCCGUUUCAAGCAAAGAAUUUUGGGAUAAAGCUGAAUGCUAUCCUCCACUGCCCCCUCACUAUAAGACACCAAUUGGAAGACCAACAAAAAAGAGAAGAAAGGAGAAAAAUGAGGCACGGCCAAAUUUCAACCCACAUAAGCUUAAAAGGAGAUAUGGAACAAUCAUUUGCAAAUACUGUGGAGAGAGUGGCCACAAUAGUAGGGGUUAUGAAAAAAAGCAUGCUGAUAUGAAUGAUGAGGUUGCAGCUAUGGAGGCAGAGGAAGCUACUACUGCUACUAAUAACCCUGCACAGCCACCAACACCCCAACAACAGAAUCCUAAUGAUGCUGCUACUGCUCCAAGACCCAAGUCUAAACCUAUGGUCUCCACUGAAACCAUGAAUCCUGCAAGCCCAGUAAUGAGGCAGAGGUUUGAACAGUUUAUGCCAACUCCAACUCUGAGGCACCAACCAAAUCCGGGCCCAAGACCAUCAAAGCGAGUCCCAAGAGGAGUUCCUGAAAGAAGCAAUGGCCCAGCUGUAGUGAAGAACUGA